CAUUUCUUAUGAUUAAUACCAAUAGCAGGGAGAUGGAGAAGAAAGAAAAGAGAAAGGAGAAGCGGCAACAUGGGAAACUACGAAAUUCUACUUGACACAGCAAGAUGAAUAAAUACGUUGACAUUUUUGGAAACCAGAUUCACAUGUAUUGGAAGACAGAAAUAUGGAAUAAGAAAAAACACCUCUCCAGAGAUCCGGCAGUAAGAUGUCCUGCAUUUAAAGAGAGGAAGUUUCGGGCACUCGGGUUAUGCUGACGUUUCAUGCGGAGUUCUCGGGACAGCCUUUCCUCUUGACUCUCCGAGAACCCAAGGCCUCCGUCUGAAUCUACCUGAGAAUCCUCACGCAAAGGACAGACAGGUCGCUCCACCCCGCCCAGGAUCAGGCGAGGGGGAACGGGCUGGGCUGCGGCUGCAAACUCGCGCAGAGCGUGCGUGCGAACUCCUGGAGAGGCGUCCCGCGCCCUGCUUCCUCCUUGCGGGUCGCGCGUUCCUCGCUCCCCGGCCGCGGCCUCCCCUUCAGACCUUCCCCACUUUUCCCCCCUUUGGCAAUCACAUGGCAUUUUAAGAAUGCCGGAAAGAUGGCGGUAGCGGCGGCGCCGGCGGGGGAGGCGGCCGGGCGCAGCGGAGCUGGCUGCUGGAAGUUUUGGUGCGGGAUCGCUGGCACAAAGUUCUGGUGAACUUGAGCGAGGACGCCCUGGUUUUGAGCUGCGAGGAGGGCGCCGCGCCAUACUACGGCAUCGGGACCGUUACCAACGGCUCGUUUUGCAGGGGCAUCGGCAGCGCGCAGCCCCCGGACUCGCCGGCGGGGGUCCUCACCGCCUUCACCGACCUGCCCGAGUAGGUGCCCGAGGCCAUCUCCAACCAGAAGCGCAGCGUGAAGGUGCUGAAGCAGGAGCUGGGCUGGUUGGGCAUCAGCAUCAAGGGGGGCAAGGAGAACAAGAUGCCCAUCCUCAUCAGCAAGAUCUUCAAGGGGCUGGCGGCGGAUCAGACCCAAGCCCUGUACGUGGGCGAUGCCAUCCUGUUCGUGAACGGGGCAGACCUGCGGGACGCCACCCACGACGAGGCGGUGCAGGCGCUGAAGCGCGCUGGCAAGGAGGUGCUGCUGGAAGUGAAGUACAUGCGAGAAGCCACACCCUAUGUGAAGAAAGGCUCCCCAGUGUCAGAGAUCGGCUGGGAAACACCUCCGCCCGAAUCGCCUCGGCUGGGGGCCAGGUCGUCAGACGCCCUGUCAUCACAGCCCCGCUCCUUCCACAGAGACCGGAAGUACCUCCCCCUCAAGAUGUGCUACAUCACCCGGAGUCUGGCCUCUGCUGACCCUGAGAGCAGGCAGCUUGAAAUCCACUCUCCAGAUGCUAAGCACACGGUGAUCCUAAGGAGCAAGGACUCAGCCACUGCCCAGGCCUGGUUCAGUGCCAUCCAUUCCAAUGUUAGUGACCUGCUGACCCAAGUGAUUGCUGAGGUCAGAGAGAAGCUGGGGAAAACAGGCAUUGCUGGGAGCCGAGAGAUCAGGCAUCUUGGCUGGCUUGCAGAUAAGGUGCCUGGGGAGAGCAAGAAGCAGUGGAAGCCAGUGCUGGUCGUACUGACCGAGAAGGACCUUUUAAUGUACGACAGCAUGCCGCGGAGCAAGGAAGCCUGGUUCAGCCCAGUUCACACAUACCCUCUUCUUGCCACCAGGCUGGUCCAUUCAGGUCCGGGCAAAGGAUCGCCCCGGGCUGGUGUGGAUCUGUCCUUCGCGACGCGAACGGGCACCAGGCAGGGGAUUGAAACCCACCUGUUCAGGGCCGAGACCAGCAGGGACCUCUCCCACUGGACCAGGAGCAUCGUGCAGGGCUGCCACAACUCUGCAGAACUGGUCACCGAAGUCACCACAGCUUGCACCUACAAAAACCAGGAGUGCCGCCUGACUGUACAUUACGAGAAUGGAUUUUCUAUUACCACUGAACCACAGGAGGGUGCCUUUCCCAAGACAAUCAUACAGUCUCCCUAUGAAAAGCUGAAAAUGUCUUCAGAUGAUGGAAUCAGGAUGCUGUAUUUAGAUUUUGGAGGCAAAGAUGGAGAGUUUCAACUGGACCUUCAUUCCUGCCCCAAGCCGAUUGUUUUCAUCAUUCACUCCUUCCUGUCCGCGAAGAUCACAAGACUGGGCUUGGUGGCCUAAACAGAGGGCUGACCUGCCCUUGAGAAAAGGAGGGCUGCUGGGCCACCGGCGGGUGACAUCGGACGCCACGAGGGGCGCACCAGACGUGGCAUGCCACGGUCAGCUUUAGAUCCCCGAGUCCUCUGAACUGCCCCAGACCUCUCUGUCAGCUUCACCAACGGCAAGGGGGAGCCCCAAGAAAGCACCACGAGGACAAUCAGAAGAAAACUGGCUUUUUAGAACAGUAGAAGGGUAAAGAAGUGAGGGCGAUUGGAAAUAAAUACACAGCCUAGCUUUGAAAUAAUGACAAUCAAGGACAUCAUGAACAUGAGAACAGUGCGUGCAGAUCUUAAUCAGACCAGUUUCUAGGCAACUAGCUCACCCAGGUAAGCAAGAGCUGAAGAGAUGAGGAAUGGACACGUUCACCUCUCUCGCCCCCAGUAACCGUGAUCCCUUGUUUCAUUGUGAUUCAUUGCCUGCUUCUAAUUGAGUUGACUUUUGCUGGUAAGGAAAGAGAAGUGCUUCAAAUGGAAACCCACCUUUUAUUUAAGUAUGAAGCAGCUGUAAUUCUUAGUGAAUUAUCUUUCAAUGAGGUAGAAUGAUUCUGAAGCAUUCUCAUGAGCAUAUGCUGAGCAGGGAUUAAAGAAAGCAUCAGAUACUGAUCUGAGCUGUGAGCUGGUAGAAUCUGAGCCAUAGAAGAGUGUUUCUGUUGCAAAGCUUUGCGGUGCGGAGAGUAGUGUGCUUGAGAGAUGACUGACCGGGGUGUGCUGCCCGGGAGCCACAACUUACAGCUUUACUUACAGAGAGCAAAUUAUGGAUAUUUUUUUAUUUGAGAUAUAUAUAUAUAACAUAUAUCUCAUAUAUAUAAAUAUAUAUAUAUAUAUAUAUAAACAACUCACAUGAGGUUAACUAUUAUCCCCAUUUCGUGGUUUUCAGUGGAAAUACUGAGCAAUAUAUUGACCCUUGUUGCUGCCUGUGCGUGUCUGCAUGCAUUUUCAAACCAGUCCUAGAGCAGCGUCAUGUAAUUCCAGCAUCCACAGCUCCUAGGAAUUCCAGGGAAGUCAUAUAAUGACCUGAUAUUUUUCUACAAGAAUAUUUUCAGACAACAUAGAACAUAUUACUGAUUUAAUGCUUUUAUUUUUACCUUUCAAUACAAAUUUACCAAAAAGACACCUAUUUUAUUUGAUUGUGGAGUCAUCUUCCUCGAACCGUAAAAAUUAGCUCUAGAGUGUCUGUAAGCAUUUGUAACCCUUCUUUCCCCUCUAGUUUACGUAAACAAAUGCUCUGGAUUCAACCUGUGUGCUUGUUCAGAAUUGUCUUUCAGCAAAUACCUAUGCAAAGAGCUUUUAAAAGUGCAACUGUUUUAAAGGAAUGUAAUUUUGCCCGCGGAGACACAUAUGUUUAUUGAGUUACAAAGCAGCAUCCAAAGUAUGUAUCAUGUGACACUAGUUCCAAAGGGCAUUGACUGAGAGGUGUUUUGUUGUGGGGGGCGGUGAGAAUAAGAGGUUUGAUGAUCAAAAAUGUGUUAAAUAUCGAGGUAAGAAACAACAAACAGAUUUCAUGAUUGUGGGCCUCCUCAAAGACUUUGAUGUACACAUUGUGAUUCUUCCACGGGGAUCCCGUGUACCAUUCCUACACUUAGUCACGGAGCUCCUUUCUGACAGAGCAUUUUAUGAAGCAAGUGUUUUAAAAAAGAACAAAAAAAGGGUCGCCUGGCUGGUUUGGUCGGUAGAGCAUGCAGCUCUUGAUCUCGGGAUCUUGAGUUCAAGCCCCAUGUUGGGUGUAGAGAUUACUUAAAUAAAAUAAAAAAGAAAAAAUACUUUGGGAAACACAGCUUUAGGUCACUGAUUUUUUUUUGGUUUCCCAUUUUAAAAUGCUGAAGAGUGAAUUCCCACCCUGAAUAUUACAGGAAAGCUUUGAUGCAUUUGUAAAUUAUACUGCACUCUUUCAUUACAUAUUUUCGAAGUCACUGGAGAAUUAUGCAUUGUAAAUAACAUUAAGAUACAUAUAUUAAUGUCAAUAGUUAAGUUCAACAAUAUGUAAUCUAAGGUGCUCAGUACUACAUGAAGUAUGAGUUAAUUACUCAUAAUUAAAUUGCAAAGAUCCUAUUCUAUAUUUAUAGACAAAAUGAUCAUAAUUACAAAUAUUUCUUCAUCACUUAAGUUUUAGACUGAUUAAUAUCUGGGUGGGGGUCAACAAAUUACAUUCUCUGCAUUUAUAAAAACUUAAUUUAAAUAUUUAUAUUUUAGAAAAAUACAUUUGAAUAAAUUAAAGCAUUUUCUGAAUUAAAAUGUAUUAGCAAGAAGUAGACAACUUUACUAAGAAAAUUGUGUAUAUGACUCCUUGUUUUUUCCUUCAAAGUUAAGUGUAUCAUAUUGGAGCGGCGAUGAUGAAUCAAUUUCAAGUACUCAUUUUUCCUUAUUCUGAACUGAGGAAAUUACAAUGAUUUUACACUGUAGAUUUUAAUCUUGUCUUGAUGUGUGUUACGAAUGUUGUGAAUGACACACAGUCAGAUGUCUGGAUCAUGCCUGGGUGCAGUCAGUGAAUCAACUGAUGCAUUUUGGGGAAUUUGUUUUUGUCCAGUCUGCUCUGUGCUUAAUCCAUUUCUUAUUUGAAUCAAUGAAUUAUUAAAUUCACGUUUGUCCCUUUAAGGGCAAAUCAAUA